ACUCUUAAUCAAAUUGUUUUGUUUCUCAUACUUUUUUGCUUUUUAUUUUUAUUUUUUAUUACACUGUAUUUAUUUAUUUGUUUUCAAUGGUUCAACGCCGUGUGUUAAUGCUUGAUCUUUAAGGAAACUUCUACUUAUUUUUCAAGUAAAGGAUUUGAUUGGAUGAAGUGAUUGUAAUGAAAUUCUGUUCGAGUUUAAUGCUUUUCCCAGGCUCUGAAUGUGAUAUUUAAUGGAAUUUUUCUGCGGAGCAAUGGAACAACAGUCAGUUCUAACCCUGAAUUUGUCUUUCAGGAGCCUAGGAGCAACCGUAAUGGUUCACAGCAGCUCUGACGAGGAUACUGAUGUUAGUGAAUCUGAAAUUAACGAGUAUGAAGAUAAAGCUUAUGAAGAACUAAAGAAUGGAAGUCAGAAUGUGAAAACCUCGGAUGAGACUUUCACUUGUCCGUACUGUCCUAAAAAGAGAAAACGAGAUUAUUUAUACAGGGAUCUCGUUCAACAUGCUUCUGGGGUGGGUCAGAGUAGUUCACAAAAGAGAAAAAAAAGAGACAAGGCUAAUCAUAUGGCUUUAGUGAAGUAUUUGGAGAAAGAUCUCAUGACUGUUGAUGUUCCAUCAAAAGAUUCAAAACUGGCAGGUGAAAGUGAUCCUUCUGUUGAUUCUGGUGAACAGUUUGUGUGGCCUUGGAUUGGAAUUGUAGUUAAUAUUCCCACUAGAUGGACAGAAGAUGGACGAUGUAUUGGCGAGAGCGGUAGUAGGCUGAGGGAUGAGUACAGAAGCAGGGGUUUCAAUCCAGUUCGAGUCAAUCCUCUAUGGAAUUUCCGGGGUUUUUCUGGAACUGCUCUUGUGGAAUUCAAUAAAGACUGGCUAGGCUUGGAUAAUGCCUUGGCAUUUGAAAGAACAUAUGAAUUAGAUCAUCAUGGGAAAAAGCAUUGGUUUUCUAAUUCUGAGCAGAAGUCUGGUCUUUAUGCAUGGGUUGCCCGAGCAGAUGAUUACGGAAUGAAAAAUAUCUAUGGAGAACAUCUGCAAAAGAUGGGCGAUAUCAAAACCAUAUCAGAGCUAAUGGAAGAAGAAGCUCGAAAGCAGGAUAAACUUGUAUCAAAUUUGAAUAACAUUAUUCAGGUCAAGAACCAGCACUUAAAAGAGAUUGAAGUGAGAUGCGAUGAGACUACGAACAAAAUAAACCUUGCUAUGAUGGAGAAAGAUAAACUCAUUCAAGCUUAUAAUGAAGAGAUAAAGAAAAUACAAUCAAGUGCUCGGGAUCACCUAAAAAGGAUUUUUAUUGAUCAUGAAAAGCUUAAAAUGAAACUGGAAUCUCAGAAAAACGAGCUUGAGUUGCAGAAAAUUGAAUUGGAAAAGCGUGAUGCACAUAAUGAAAGUGAAAGAAAAAAGUUGGCAGAAGAAAUCAAAGAGAAUGCAACAAAAAAUAGCUCUGUUCAGAUGGCUUCUCUGGAGCAAAUGAAAGCUGGUGAAAAUGUUAUGAAACUGGCUGAAGAUCAAAAGAGGCAAAAAGAACAACUCCAUGCUAAAAUCAUUAUGCUUAAGAAACAACUUGAUGCAAAACAAGAGCUGGAGUUGGAGAUUCAGCAAUUAAAAGGAUCAUUAAAUGUGUUCAAGCACAUGAAAGAUGAUGAAGAUGCAGAAGUUCUGAAGAAGGUAGAUACUUUACAAAAGGAUUUAAGAGACAAGGAACAAUCACUUGAAGACUUAGAUGAAUUGAACCAAACUCUAAUCAUUAAAGAGCGUGAGAGUAAUGAUGAGCUGCAGGAAGCUCGACAAGCAUUGGUUAAUGGCAUUAAAGAGUUACCAUCUCAUGGCAAUAUUCGUUUGAAGAGAAUGGGUGAACUUGACACUAGACCAUUCCUUCAAGCAAUGAAGAAAAUAUAUAAUGAGGAAGCUGAAGAAAAAGCUUCAGAACUGUGCUCAUUGUGGGAAGAGCAUCUAAAGAACCCAGAUUGGCAUCCAUUCAAAGUUAUCAUGGUUGAAGGGAAAGAAAAGGAAAUCAUUAGAGAUGACGAUGAAAAGCUGAAUGGGUUGAAAAAUGACUUGGGUGAAGGGGCAUAUAAAGCAGUGGUACAAGCAUUGUUAGAGAUAAAUGAACACAAUCCUAGUGGGCGAUACUUAACCUCAGUAUUAUGGAACUACAAAGAGGGAAGGAGAGCAACCCUGAAAGAAGGAGCACAAUUUCUGUUGAAGCAAUGGAAAAUUCUUAAACGCAAGAGGGGAAUGGCGUGAAGGAUGAUUGUAUAUAACUAUCUUAGUUAGCUAGGUUACUUAAUACUUACUACUUUUGUCUUCUGAACUGCAUACCUAUCUAUAGCUAGAUCAAAGGAAAAAAAAAAGCUUUUGGUAUGUGGCAUAGGUGCUUAUAAGUAAAACGGUAAAACUACUUGGGUUACUUUUCUCAAGAAAUUACUGGUUGAUUUCACAUUAUUCACCAAUCACCACCCCACCCUCUAGUUGUAUGACUUUUGUUGUGAUGAUCAGCAUUGAACAUUUGCAAUGGAUCGGCGAAAAUUAAU